ACUAAUCUCAUAAUGCUUUUUCAGAAUUAAUCUGGGAAAUCUGAGAAGACUAAAAUAUAUAAAAAAUCCUACAUGGUAUUAGUAUUAUGAAUAGUACUGUAUAUGAGGCAACCAACAGUGGUAGGAGCACUGUGGAAAAUAUAGAAACAACUGCAACAAGCGACCUAACAAGUUUAAAUUUUUUGACUCCAACCACAUCCCAUAGUGGAACAUCAUUUGCAACUUCACAAGUAACAAAUAAUAUGACAAGCACGACAACAUUAGAAGAUGGUGAACCUUAUGGUGGGGGAUUUUACAUUGGACUUAGUCUUGCUAUUAGUUCAAGUAUAUUUAUUGGCGGGAGCUUUAUUUUGAAGAAAAAGGGCCUCCUGCGUUUAGCAAAAAAGGGAUCGCAAAGGGCGGGAGAUGGAGGCCAUGCAUAUCUCAAAGAAUGGUUGUGGUGGGCUGGACUUAUUACUAUGGGUUUAGGAGAGGCGGCCAAUUUUAUUGCAUAUGCAUUUGCACCAGCGACAUUGGUCACUCCACUUGGUGCGCUGAGUGUCCUAGUAAGCGCUAUUUUAGCGUCAUAUUUUCUUAACGAAAGGCUGAAUUCUCUUGGAAAAGUUGGAUGUGUUCUCGCAAUUCUUGGAUCAAUGAAUAUCGUUACUCACGCCCCUCAAAAAGAAGAAGUUGACAGCCUCACAGAAAUGGCAGAAAAAUUAAAAGAUCCACUGUUUGUUUGUUAUGCUUUAAUUAUUCUCGGUAUCUCAUUGUUUUUGAUUUUCUACAUGGCACCGAGGAAAGGCACAACAAAUAUGCUGAUCUACAUUUCGAUCUGUUCAUUGCUUGGGUCGUUUUCAGUUUCGUGCGUCAAAGGAGUAGGUCUCAUUUUCCGGGAUUAUUUCGCUAACCGACCAGUUUUUACUUUACCGAUAACGUAUUUCCUGAUUUUCUCUCUCAUUGCGACAAUUUCAACGCAAAUUAACUACCUGAAUAAAGCUUUGGAUAUUUUUAACACGUCAAUGGUGACACCGAUAUAUUAUGUUCUAUUUACUACAGCAGUAUUGACGUGCUCAGCUAUACUUUUCAAAGAAUGGCGAGAAAUGAUUGUCAAAGACGUCUUUGGAAUUUUAAUCGGAUUUUUCACAACAGUAAUCGGAAUCUUUCUUCUUCAUUUCUAUAAAGAUGUAGAAGUCCCAUCCACGCCGCUACCGAUUUUGACCCCCUCAGACAGGCUGAAUGAUACCUCUAGGAACGGGCAUCGUGUUUACUUUGCAAAUAACUCAACGAACCAUGGGAAUGAAAAACUAGAGCUUCUAGACCACAUGGAUACUUUGUAUUCCGAGGAAGACGAGGACACAACAAUAUUUGAAACUCAGAAUAAUCAGAGGAAUAAAAUAGGAAUAAAUAGUUGAAAACUACAAAAUACAAGUUAAAAUAACCGUAUUUUAUGAAAGAUUAUGGCAUAUCAACAUUAUUGCACUUAACAAACUUCAAACUUGACUGGCCAAAUCAUUGAAAGGUUGGUAAGUUAGACUACAGAUUUGAGUACUCCAGUAGUGUGUGUACCAGGUUAGGGUUAGGUCAUAAUUUCAUUUUGGUUUUCUUUUUUCCAGUUUUAUUACGAGUUCGGGCACUGUCUCUGUUAGCCAAGUGAAUAUACCCCCUGCCCAUAGGCUUCAGUUCUUACAAAUUGAUGUAAUGUAGGCGAACAAAAUUAGUUAACUUCCUAUUGGUAUACACACUUCUGGAGCGCUCGGGAUUUGUUCCUCCAAAGCCCAAAUUUAGAAACAAAGACUCAAUCGAGCCCUGUUUGCAAGUUUCAAUAUGGAAAAAAUAACUAAUCGACUUAUUUUAUAAUUUGAAACAGAGACGCUACUAACAGUACCACAUCACUGAGUGAGUAUUAUACUCUAGGUCAGGGGUUCCCAAGCUUUUUUAGGACGACCCCAAGGACAACUUUCAAGUGUCCGGUGCGACCCCAAGUCAAUAUAUAUAUUUUUCAUGAAACUUUAGAGGUACUUUCACUGGAUUUUUGAGUUUGGUCAUGUGGUGGUAUUAAGUAAAAUGAGCUAAAACCAAACAGUGAUGUCACUCACAAUAAGCAAGUACAUUUUCUAUCAUAGCAUAAGUAUUGAGCGAUGCUUAUGGGCCUGUUUUACAGUAAGCCAUGGUACAAACUGCUAAAUUCAACAUGGUUUGUCAAAUCUUAGAUGAUUUGUACAUCCAUCCUGUUUGCGACCCUACCUACUUAUCACUCUGACCCAAUUUAGGGUCGCGACCCCUGGUUUGGGAACCCCUGCCCUAGAUGUUCAAGCCCGGAGUGUAUAAUCAGCGAUCUAACCAGCAUAGUUAAUACUAACACUUUAAACUAGUGGUUCCCAAAGUUGAUUGGCCGCGGCCAAAAUUAGAAGAGGAAUAAUAUUCGCGGGUUGGGGAAGGGAGCGACCACAAAGGGCCAAUACUGGUAUAAUUGAACUGUUACGAAUAUAACAUGCUUAAACUGUGAUUAUAACUUAACAAUUGGCGGUAUUUAAAAUGCAAAAAGAUUAAAACAAACUAUUUCACUAUAUUAAAUCACUACACGGCCGGAAUUGGUCGACGGGCCAUGGUUUGGGGACCACUGCUUUAUGAAACACAAGGCCACUGCGCCGCCUAAAUUUAUUCCCAUUUAUUCUGUGCAUGAGUGGAUACCAGUAUACAGUAUGAUCUUUAUUGUGAAGCUAUCUUUUAUUAUUGAAGUGCCUUAUUUUUUAUACCCUGGCUAAAUUUUAAAAUUAUGUUAUGUUUCUUAAAAUUGUUAGUAACUGAAGACUGUAAAGUUGAAUGUUUUUGUCUAGUGAUUUUAUAGAAUUUACUGUAGUUAGACCAAAAUCAUAUAACUGUUUGGUCAGUGGAGUUACCGGUACAUAUGGUUUUUAAUCCAAACUUCUUGUUAUAAAAAAAAAUUUCUCUUCUGUUAAAAAUUUCAUCUAAAGCUCUUUAGAAUGCGGAGAAUUUCCAUUAGAUUUCAGAUAAAUUGUUUUUUAAUUAAUCAUCUGUUCAGAAUGCUCAUUUAUUAAGGAUUUUUAGCUUCCGUUUGAAAUUCCAACUUUAUUUUAAAAUAAUACAUCUGAGGAAUUCAAAAAUUAUUCUCCCGAUGUGAACUCCAAAACCCUGUGUUACAGGCAAUAAUUAGAGCCAUUUUUGAUUGUCUUUUUGGAAAUCCUUACUUAACUAUCCUCACAUAUAAGUAGACAGGUCAAUUUAUAAGCCAAUUGUGAAUUUAUAAAAAUUUAUAUAUAAACCGACUCUACAAAUCAUAACAGGUUGUUGCACCUAUCACAACAAAUGGUUGCAGAAGAAAAUUGAUGGAUAUGAUAACCAUUAUUGCUGUUUUAGUUUUAUUAAUAAUGUUAGAAGUGUUUCAAAAUCCUGCAAAUUCAUCCUCACUAUCCCUGUCAAACUCUGCAAGGACCCGUUAUACGCGUUAAUAAAGCCAAAUUUUUUGUGGGAUCAGAGUACAAGCUGACCCCUUAGUUUGUCAAUUUUCCUUUUGAGUUUCAACUGAGCUUUUAUGCGAGGAUAUACAGUAAUGAUUUUUUGCUUCCGUUGGAAUUUAGACUCGAUAAUCACUAUUUGAAGUAAGAAGUCUGAAUUUCCCUCUGACUCCCUUUUUAAACCAAGAAAAACCAAUUUAAAUACCAAUGCCAAACUACUUCAUGUUACAGGCAGUUAUCACUUGUUAUAUUGAAGCUAUGCAUUUUGUGUUGUAUUGAAAGAGUGUUUGGGCUUCCAUUGUGUUAUUGGGAGUAAAAAAAUAUUUGCUGUUGGUUUCACAGAAAUUUUGAUAUUCUAAAUUGAGGAUAUUUCGUGAAUGACGUGGUUGUAAUAGUUUUCUAAACUAUCGUGUUAUUGCUCCUCCCAGUGGUGCAGCUAGGGGGUGAGAGUUUCGAGUAGUAAUGUUUUAAUUUUGUCGUAAGAAGACGCAAGCGCGAAUUACAUUGAACACAAUUAAAUUAAUAUAAGAAACGUUUUAGAUUCUCGUAAUUUUCAUGGAUUGAAUAUUUUAUGCGGCAGAAAAGUCCUUAUACUCCGAAAGAGUCGGCUUAUUCAACGAGGACGUAAUCGCGGUGAGAACAGAAUGUGAAUUUUCGCUUUUGAAAUCCUCCCUUUGUGAAAAUUCUGAUUUUGCCUCUAAUUCUCUGAUCCGUUUUCUUUGUUUCUGUUUAUUUCAAGUAAGGCUGGAUCCUGGAAUGAGUCACAAUUAGUGAAAUAUCUCGUCAUUGUCCAACGACUAAAUUUCCGAUUACGUAUGUUUAAUAUAUAAAUAUGUAAAUUUUGGUACUCCAGAAGUAUGUGAACCAAGAUGACAAACACUGAAUCGUAGUAUGUGUACCAGUUUAAGGCCAUAACUUCAGGUACGAAUACUACGGGAGUCAUUUGGCUAGUCCCCGAACUAAAAUUAAAAGUAAGGAAAAUUGGAAUAAAAUUAUGGCCUAACCCUAUCCUGAUACACUUACUAUGUUCAGGUGUCCGCCAUCCUGAUUCACAUGAUACGGGGGCGCCCUCGAGAGAACCUAAAUUUUGACAUUGAAUUUUACAAAUUGGCACAAAGGAAAGAAAAUGUUGUCGACCCUCAUUCUAGCAUAUCACAGCGGUCACUAUAAACUUCUCUAUCAGUUAUAAAGUUGGAGCAACAUAGCAUUGUGCUUUUUUUAAAUGAAUUUUUGAAACCUAAUAUUUUGAGUGAAAAACUGUUGAUCAUCAUAGUUUCACAUUGCUCCUGACUUUUUUUUUACUAACCCUCACAGCUUCACUAUUUGUCAAUGGUCUUAUUAUAUAGCAGCUAUAUCAGUCACUUAUAUUGAAGGGUGAGCUCCGGCCUCGUUUCAGUCAUUCAAAACAAAAUUUUACCAAUAUUGAGAGUUAAUAAUACUACCUGAUUAAUUUUCAUGUUGAACCAAAUGUUACGGUAAUUAAUAAUACUGUUUAAUUAAGUUUCAUUCCAUCUGUAUAUUUUAAGUUACAAUUUUUUCCGGUGUCGGUGUUGUAUGUGAUCUGCAUGCAAAUUUCUGAUAUAUAGGGUGUCCAUAAAGUUUUAAAUUUUUUUCGAUAUAUUUCGAAUUUAUCGAUACCAUAUAUUGUUUUGGCCCUCACAGAUGUAUUAAAUGAAGUAAAAAUACUUGAAAAAAUUACUGAAUAAAAAACAACAAACCUGGUUAAGAUAUAUUGAGAACUGAUUCCAUAACGAAACUGAAAUUGUAAAGGGACUUUAUGGACACCCUAUAUUGGGAUGGGCAAUUCAAAUUACAUAAUUUAAUUUUUAGUAAGUUAUCCAUGAGGCACACCUGGCUAUCAGACAACCUUUUUAAGGAGUAUCGCAUUCCUGUACAAAGCUUAUCAAACAAAACAAGCUCAUAGUUUCUGGGUUAUUGUAUUUUAUUCAACAAAAACGUAAAAUGGCGGUUUGCGUAAAAAACAUUAGUACUGGUUUUUAGUGUGGUAAUGGAGCAUAUAGAACUGCCUAAUCCAAAGAUGCAAGGCUUAUAAGCAGUGUUCCCUCUAAAGUGUGCGCGUGCACACAGCUUGGUUUGCAGGUUGAGAGUUUGUUGUUGUCCCACCCAUUAUCCGGUUAGAAUGCCAGAAUUUCUUCGUUGGUUUUUGCACAAAUAUUAGUCAUUUCCAAAAAAGUGCGCACAUACCAAAAUUUCUGCGCACACAUACUACAAAAAAUUAGAGGGAACAUUGCUUAUAAGGCAAGAUUGAUUUUUGAGAAAUAAAAAUAGUAAAUUUCUUUAGUGGCCUAUCAUAAUUAAGGCUAGGCAUUUCGAAUCAAAUAGUAAGUUAUUUGAAUCGGUUUAGUUGGACCACAUUUUUAAAAUGCAAUUUUGACAUAUAACUCCCCUAUUCCUAGUAUGUUAUUGAUAAAACAUGUUUUUUAUUGUGCUUGACAACUUCAUGAACUGACUGAGUGAUGGAUUCUAUGUUUUCAGUGGUUAUGCGUAUGGAAAACCCAUUAUAAUUAAAAAGUCACAAUUACACAUAUUCCAAGUCUUUGUUUCGAAAAAAAGAUUCUGAAAUCAUCAGGUAUUCGAAAAUGCCCAGCCAAUCACAUUGCGCGUAGAUCACAUGAAACAGCGAAACAUUUUUUUUUUAUUUGAACUAGAAGUGAAUUAUAUUAAUU